UCGCUGGCUCGCUGCCUUUAUUUUCUCGGGCUAACAUUACAGUAUGUUAAUACUGGUGCACAUUAAUUAAGGACAUGUUAUUUCUUUGUUGUCUGUCGCUGUGGAGUUGUGUCGAAUCGUUUGAAACUAGGGUUGAAUCCCAGGAAUGAAUUUGAGUGGAAAUAUAACUAUUUUUUCAUGAAAGCAACGUUAUUUGUGUCUGCUAAACAGUGAUCAUACAGUGGGUGGGUUGGUUUCUUCAUUCUCAUCAUGUGUAUUAUGUUACCAUUCUGGCGUGAAGAUAGUUAUUGAGGAGUGUUUAUGAGAGUCUUCUUUCGAGAGAAAUACCCCUUAAACAAAAGAAAUUCAUUCUUUCUGAGGACAUGCUGACAGUAGAGUUUCUGGCCCUCGUAGGGGUCAUCAUCUUUCUGGUCUGGAUCCUCUGCAAAAAACCAGCAGGUUUGCCACCAGGACGCUGGGGACUACCUCUAGUUGGUUACAUUCCUAUGAAAAACAAGUACAUUGAUGACCUCCUCAAGGAUUUCCAGAAUCAGUUUGGAGACAUGUAUAUAUGGCGAGUGGGAACCCAAGUACUGCUCUUCGUUCAUGACUAUAAUCUUGUUCGACAAAUUUUUUCCAGCCAGGAUUUUGUAGACAGACCAGACUGGGUCAUAUUUAAAGGCAAUGAAAAAACAGCUCUAGGUAUCGCCUUCAGCAACAAUCCCAUCUGGCAAGCAAAUCGUCGCUUCAGCCUUCAUCAGCUGAAGGACCUGGGCAUGGGGAAGUCUAGUCUCGCUUUAGCCGUGCAGACGCAGGCUUCCAAACUGGUGGAGGCGCUGAAGGAAGAGGCGGGAGAACCAGCGCCGAUCCCGGCAGCCCUCAAUACAGCGGUAGUUAAUAUCAUCUGGCAGAUGGUUGCUAAUAAGCAGUUUGAGAAAGAUGAUCCCCGUUUACUGGAAUUCAAACGUUUAAUUGAAGAAUUCGGAGCUUCUGGCUCGGCAAUGAUCAUUCCAGACAUUUUCCCAUGGUUGAGGACCAUCCUCCCGAAUUUCCUUCUACGCAAAUUCCUGCGAAUGGACCUGUUUGAAGAGGUUCUUGAAAAGUUUCUUGCUUACUUUGAUGAAUUGGUAGAAGAACAUCGAGCAGCUUUGGAUCCAGACGACCCUAAAGAUUUGAUAGAUUCUUAUCUCAUCGAGAUGGAUAACAGUCAGAACAACACCAGCUUCAGAAGUGCUUUUCCUUCUCUCUCGUCAGUGAAGGAUUUAACGUACCUCAUUUUUGACAUGUUUGUCGCUGGUAGUGACACAACAGUCAACACCCUAAAGUGGAUCUUCUUGUAUCUGGCUGACAACCCUGACGUCCAGCAGAGGUUACAGGAAGAAAUAGAUGCCGCCCUGCCCAAAGACACGUUGCCCACAAUGGAUGAUAGGUCAAAAUUGCAAUAUACGGAAGCUGUCAUCAACGAAGCUUUGAGGAAAUCUGCAUUAGCUAACACAGGUUUGCAACAUGUGGCCUCCAAGGAUACCCAGUUGUUUGGUUAUAGAAUUCCCAAGGGCACCAUCUGCAUGGCCUCCAUCGAUUCCAUCCACCAUGACCCACGCUACUGGGACGAACCACUGAAGUUCAGGCCAGAGAGAUGGAUAGAUGCUGACGGCAAAGUUAUCAUGAAGAAGGAAGGAUUUCUGCCCUUCAGUUUAGGCAAGCGCAACUGCAUAGGAGAAAGCCUGGCUCGUCUGGAGUUGCUGAUUUUCACAGCCGCUGUUUUACGCUCGUUCAGCAUCUCGCCACCAGAGGGGGAGACGAUCGACUUGCGACCGGACCCAAACAACCAACUCGGCCAUGAUCCCAUUAAGCAAGAUGUCAUUUUCACACUUAGGGAAAAUAAAGAUAAAGCUUAAUUAAGUCGUGUAAAAACUGACAAAGAGUCUUAAGUUGCUUUGGGUUCGCAGCCGAAUAAUUAACUUUCAGUUUAUCAAUGGACCGACUUACAUCCUAGGGAUGUGCCACUGUGAAUCAAAGUAAUUGAUGGUAAUAUUGCGUUCCUUCUCCUAGGUUUUACGUACUGGAAAUUUCCCGAAACCGUUAUUAAUGCAAGGAAGAUGCUGCUUUCCAGAAUUGAUGCAUAUGAAUGGAUGUAUUCCCCUUUUUAAAAUGGUCUAACCUGUUUUUCUAGAAAAGAAAUUCAACCUUUUCCAAUAUUGUUCGUAAUUGCAUUCAUACGUUAUUAGCUUGUUAUUCGUAGUGCUACUAAUACUUUAUACUAUAUAUAUAUAUAUAUAUAUAU